CUGUCCAUCGCCAAAAGAGAUAAUAGGCAAGGCAAGGCAAGGCACACUGACGCUAGCUCUUGCAAUAGGCAGUAUUUUGUAUGUUAUGAACUGGGUGUCGGCGGCAACAUUCCCGUCAUGCAUUGAAGUCACAAGCAUCUCAGUUAGUGACGCCAGAGAGGGCAUAGUGGAGCUACUGCAACAGACUUGCUAUUCUACGAACUUGUGUGUAGCGGUGUACUGUUUUCUUUCAAAGUAAGUGCUGCCAAAGAAAACAAAACUGAAACUAAGCGAAAGCCACUCUAACCAUAUCUCAUCUAAUUCCUAACUUGACCAUCUCUAACCUAAUACCUAACAUAACUAUCUCUAAAUGAUGCCUAAUCUUCACCAUCUCUACUAAGUACCAAGACUCCAUCUCUAACCUAAUUCUUCAACUCAGCCCAACAAUGUUACCAGAAUCACUUGUGAAACAAGAAUUUGGUAAAUGAUUGGGACAUCGCUUUUAUUUUUGUCAUUUCCCACGAAUGGUUUUAGGGAAGUAGCAAAAUUGUUGCUGGUAAAUAUUAAUUUCGCACUCAUACCAACAUUCAUAAAUAAACACGUAGAUCUUCGCUGCAAUGUUGCAGUAGCAUUUCAUUUACAUUUUGUUUUUGUAAGUCCUCUGCAGAGGUGUCCCAGAGCAGGAUAGCCAACCCUAACUUCUCCCAACAUGUUAACUUCUGAUUAGGGCUGAAGGCAGUGUCUGACGCGGAGGGACCAUGCCCAACGUUAAGGUGCAGAGCUCCAGUGGCCUGGCCCAGGCCCGUCGCAGCGUCCAGCAGCUCAGGCAGGAGGCCUGCAUGGAGAGGAUCAAGGUGUCCAAGGCGUCUUCAGACCUCAUGCACUUCUGCCGGGAGCAGGCCAAGUACGAUCCCCUGCUCAAUGGCAUCCCUGCCUCCGAAAACCCCUUCAAGGAGAAGAAGCCAUGCGCCAUUUUGUAGCAGAACACACUUUCGGCCUAUAUUCUUCUCAUGCUUUUCCCCCCCCCAUUAUUCUGUUCCGGAAAACAAGACUCAAACUGAAACUCAUGAGUGAAACUGUACCAUAGAAACGUUAGCCUUAAGGUCGUUGGCCUCUCUAAAUUGGUUACCAAACACCUGCUUCUGAACAGCGGUUGGAUAAGAAUGCCCUUUUACUGCACACCAAGUACACCAAAGAACACCCAGCCACUGUACUUCAGCUAGCAUGUAGCAUCAGAUAUAACACCUAGCAGAUGUAGCAAUGGAUAUAAAAGCUAGCAGAUAUGGCAGCAGAUAUAAUUCUUGCAGAUAUAGCAUGAAAUAUAAAGCUAGCAGAUAUAUCAUCAGAUAAAACGGCUCGCAGAUAUAGCUUAUAAAAGCUAGCCGAUAUAGCAUAGAUAGAUAAAGAAUUCACUACAGUAUGAGGUAUAAUAUUAGGUAUUGUGCCAUUAAAAAUACCAUUAGAUAUUACUCCAAUGUUAAAGAUGCAAUGUAUGACCUUUCAAUGCAGAGAAGGAACCUACUUUCUCCAGGUAGAUGUAUUGGAUUUAUAGGAAUUAAUGGAGGGUUUCACCAGUAGGGCAUAAUGAAAUGUUAUUCAAAGCUUCAGAUAAUUUCUUUUUUUUAUAUCAAUGCAAUGGCUUUCUGCCUUUCUGUACUUUGUAUGCAAUAGAAACAACUGCAAGAUGAUGGUUUUUCACUUGACACUCCUCACACUUCUGGUAAGGUAUAGAUGUUUGUGGCAAAUGUAUUAGUGUAGAUUAGCCCCUUUAAAUUAGGUACUCCUUAAAUGUAUUUAAAUACGCUGUAGAUUUUCUAUAUCUCACCGUGUGUUGGCUUCCAUAUUUGUUAUCAUGCUAUCAGUUAGUCUUAAAAGCUGUUAGAACUUACAUAAACAUGACUGUCACCAGCUUGUACCAAAAAAUUCUGUGUUUACAGUUGCCAUGGGGAUUUUCCUCCACACAAUCCAUCAGAGAGCUGAGAUGCAUUAAUCCGUGUACCAGGGUGACUAUUGACAUUCGUCUCAUGUUUAAUUACACAUAACUAAGGACAGGUCGUUUAAAAUCUUUCUAGGUGUAGAUGCAAUAAUGCUAGGACACACAUUGAAUGAAUAUGUGUGUUUACAUGCACUAACAUACGUUUUAGCUACUCGUCUGAAUUGUGUUUGUGUGUGAGUGUGUGUGAAUGCAUGCGUGUGUGUGUCUAUGAGACCGUUGUCAACAAUCAUGGCGGAAUUUAUCCAACAAAUAAAACAUGUAAGGACCUGAUCAAUGUGUUAAUCGAUUUAAAUAAAAGUAUUUCCAAACGAUGUAA